GUGGACUGUCUACUAACACCCCUUUUUUGAUUUCUGGGUGGUUUGUCCGAAGUGCUUGACGACUCCUGCAGGAUAUCUCUCUAUCGACCUACCUCCUCAUCCAGCCACACAGAUCACGACCCUGCACGACCUUAGUAACCCUCAACAAUAACAUCCACAUCCAUCCGCGUUUAUUUCCACUCCCGAUUCGGUUUCCUGCUUGGAGAUCUCCAGGGCCCUGUAAAGUCAGCUGCAUUUUCCUACGCCGAGUCCACCCGCAUGUUCAAGGAGAACCCUCGGACAACUAUAUACGGCCUAUCCUUGUUUGGGGUAUUGUGAAUCAGCAACGUCACAUAAUCCGACAUAAUCAGCUAAUGCCGAUUGAAACUGGAGCUUUAAUAUAUAUUCCGUUUAACCCCUCGAUACACAGCCUCUAUCAUCACCUCCACAAUUUCUUUCCAGAACAUUUCUGCCUCUCACCAUGUCCAGUCUACCUACCCCUCCAAUGGAGGACCAUAAAUCCUACCAAUCAAGAAAGGUUUCAAAACCAUCCAAACCUGUGAACAGAAGCUCAAAAAGAUCCAACUCUUCACAUGAACAUACUUCGGUUGUAAUAGAUGGAAGACAUAAAAGAGUUUGGAAAGCAUGCGAGAGGUGUAGGAUGAAGAAGACCAAGUGUGAUGGGGAAUCGCCAUGCAAACGAUGUAAAGAUGACGGUUUGGUGUGCACGGCCGGAAGCAGGAAAAAGACAGAGUUCAAGCAAUUGCCUAGAGGGUAUGCUGAAGUCUUGGAGAAUACGCAGUAUGCUCUCAUUGCUACUGUUCAAAAACUUUACACCAUGGUCCGCAAUGGCGAGUCGUGGGAUCUGGGAGAGCCAGAGAUGAAUGAUAGAGGGCAACCAGUAAUUCAUGACAUAGCUUCCAAGCUUGGAUGCAUUCGACCUUCCCCAGAUCUCCCCAACAACUUCCCAGAAGGGGCAGAAGACUUCGCCGAAUUACAAGCCCAGCUUCAAGCUGCACGAUCGGAGAUGAGCUCGGAGGACACAGGAAGUCGGAAAUACUCAGGGGAUUCUUCCUAUUCUCCAGCUCUCGACCGCACAGAUAGAGCAAGCAGCAGCGAGAGUGAUCACUCGGAUUUGUCCAAAGAAUACAGCCAAGUAUGGUCCCAGCAACGACAAGCUGCCAAGGUCGCUCCCCACGCGAUCAAACCCGCCCCCCUGAAUUUGCCACUGAAGACCUCGUUCGACGAAGAGACGUACCAACCACGUGCCUCACUCGACACCACCUACUCGAUACCAUCACCUAUUUACACCGAUUUCCAGACUGAAUCGCCAAUGUUCAGAAAUACCUCGCCAUUUUCACCAUGGUCUGGACAAGACGAUUUCCUUGGUCCCGCACACGCACUUGACCUCACUGCACACUACAUGAGGGCGCAACAAAUUCAAGGAAUGCCACGUCCAUCGCCAUUAGGCAGGCAAGGGUUAGAUGCGGAUUUGCUCAAAGCUAUGCAACUGAACGACGGGCUCAACUUUGCAGAUGGGACGAUCCGACCCACUAUGCUGGAUUGCAACACAGGCUUUGAUAUUUCAGAUCAAAUGGAUAGCAUCAUCUACACGGGAGAUUACGAAGGUCAAAUGGGGAUGGCCUAGAUAUUUUACAACCUGGAGUUUUGCAUGUGUCUUUCGGAUUGUUUCCAGGGAUGGGGUGGAGGAGUUGGAAGGUAGUUUGCUUUGUGAAGCGGUGACGACACGACUUUCAUGAUUCCCAAUCUUGUUAAUACUUUGACCUGGACAUUGUAUGGAUCUUAGACGGUGUGAAAAGCUGGUCCUUCAUUCAGCGUAAUGCAGGCUUGGCAGGUGCUCUGGGGUUUAUGACAAGGAGAAACCAAUUGGAGAUAUUGACCUAUACUAACAAAACACACACACUUCACUUCUCAUUACUGCCUGAACGGAAUGAUCUCCUUGAUUCUUCGGACGGAUCCGAGCCAGUUCCAAGCCUUCACUAUGGG